AUGGCAAAACAACCGAAGAAAGCACGUCUAGUAUUGAAAGAUUCGCAAAUAAAUACUCUAGCUGGAGCAGUAUCUGGUGCAUUCGUUAGCGUACUUGUCAGUCCGCUGGAUGUUGUCAAAACUCGUAUUCAAGUGAAGCGUCUACCGAAGGGUGUACCGGAUACGCCCUUAUUAGUGACUAUGUAUCGACUCGCUCAACGAGAAGGUUUCAGAGCUUUUUUCAAAGGAUUGGGAACGACGAUGUUGGGUUAUAUACCGAAUUGGGCUGUAUAUUUUGGAACGUAUCAAUGGUCAAAGAAACAAUAUGCCUCUGGAUUAGCAUCUGUGCAUUCGGAAAAUGAUACAUUAGUUAAUCUAUUAGCUUCAGUGACAGCCGGUGCAAUAUCGAAUACAUUAACUGCGCCGAUAUGGACAAUUCGAACGCGAAUGAUGACACAAUCACAUCACGAAGACUAUAGGAAUACAUUUCACGCAGCAAAGAAAAUCUAUCAGACAGAAGGCAUCUACGCGCUAUACCGUGGUGUUAUUCCAUCCAUGUGGGGCUUGAUCCAUGUUGGUGUGCAAUUUCCCAUGUACGAAUAUUUGAAAAAGAGGUGUGCAGUAAACUCAUCUUCAGAGCAUCAUUUAUCCACUGGACAAUUGAUGUUUGCCUCAAGCGUUUCGAAAGUCAUUGCUUCAGUUGUUGCCUACCCUCAUGAAAUAGUCCGUAGUCGGUUGCAAGAUGCCGGCCAUGCUCGACGCUUACAAAAGCAAUCGCUUACUGCAGCGACUAAUUUUCGUGAAUAUAAAAACGUACGUGAUGCAGUGCAAACCAUUGCUAAAGAAGAAGGAAUUCGAGGAUUUUAUCGUGGAAUCGUACCAGCUCUAUUACGGACAGUACCAGCGGCAGUAUUAACAUUGCUAUCGUACGAAAAAAUCAGAGAUUCCCUUAGUGACAAUUACGGUGAAGCUUCAAUUCAACAGUAG